CUUAGCAUAAUGCUUCUGAGGUUCCUUCAGGGUAUUGCAAACAUUAGUUGUCCAUUACUUUUAAUUGCUGAGCAGUAUUCCGCUGAAUAGAUAUACCACAUUUUGUUUAUCUUUUACCAGUUAAUGGAUAUUUGGAUCGUUUUCAGUUUGGAGCUCUUACAAAUACAGCUACUAUGAAUGUUCACAUACAAAUCUUUAGAUGGAUAUAUAUCUUCAUUUCUCUUGGGAAAAUAUCUAGACAUGGAAUUACAAGAUUACAUGGUAAGUAUAUGUUUGACUUCUAAGAAACUGUCCAACUGUUUUCCAAAGUGGCCAUACUAGUUGCAGUCCCACUGGCAAGCAAUUUAUGAGAGUUCUAGUUGCUUCACUUACCCCUCAACAUUUAGUAUUGUUAGUCUUUUUAAUUUUCUCCUUCUAGUGACUAUGUUGUGAUAUCGCAUAUGGUUUCUAUUUGCAUUUGUCUAAUGACUAUGACAUUGAGCACUUCUCCUAAGUUUAUUUGGCAUCUGUAAAUUUUUGGGAAAGUGUCUAUUCAAAUUCUUUGCCCUUAUUUUAAUUGAGUUGUUUAUAUUUUAUAAAUUACAGUUAUUUUUUAUAUAUUCUGAAAAUAAGUCCCUUAUCAGACAUAUACUUGGCAAAUAUUUUCACCUGUCUGUGCAAAGCCUGUACUCUUUACCACUACUUAUAUUGCUCCUCAGUAUUUAUCGAAAUGAUUGAGGAAUUUCCAUAGGGCGAUGGCCCCUUCCUACCCCUACCAGCAACUGCAGCUUUUGCAAUUAAUAAGGAAUCCUGUUGACAUUUUUGUUUGAAGACCCAAAGUUCACAUUUUCACUACUAAUUGAAUCUUUUCUGUUUUGGUACAGAACUAAACUGUCUUCUCUUGGAUUUGAAGAACUGAUGAGAUCAUAGCUGUGAUUACCUCUGAACUCUCUGUCUUUACAAUCCAUUGAAAAUGAUUAGACACGUCUCUGCUAUAUAAACACAGUCCUGGGCAGAUUGUCUUAAAGCGUCCUGUUUUUCAUUUACCAGUUUUUUCCUUAUGGAAAAAGACAGUUUCCAGCAGUUAGAACUAGAAAAGGGUAGACCUUCCAAAAGGAGGACUCCCAAAAGAGUUAUCCAUUUUGUUGAUGGUGACAUCAUGGAAGAAUAUAGCACAGAGGAAGAGGAAGAAAAAGAGGAACAGAGAACAAAUUCAACACUUGAUCCUUCUAAACUUUCAUGGGGGUCCUACCUAUGGUUUUGGGCAGGGCGAAUAGCAAGGACCUCAUUUUCUACAUGUGAAUUCCUUGGUGGAAGAUUUGUUCUCUUCUUUGGUCUUAAUCAACCCAAAUACCAGUAUGUGUUAAAUGAGUACUAUAGAACACAAAAUAAGGAAAGUGACAAGGAAAGUGAAGGGGAUGGAUCAAAGGCCCAACCAGCCAAUGUUCCCAAUGAAAAGUGUCACCUGGAGGCUGGGGCCCGAGAGUAUGGAACGAGACAACAGGACAUUGACGAGGGCACUCCUCGGUGGAGUAUCUCAUCCAGCGAGGGCCUGAUGGCAGAUUCCAGCUCCUAAUGGGCAGCGGGGCUAUAGUUCCCCUGGAUCUCUCAUCCUCGGUCAUUGAUUACCACGGCAACAGCACCACAGGUAGCACUUCUGAGCCAGAUCUGAUCUCAAUCUCUUUGUGAUUUAUUCUCCAGCAGCCGGGAAUUGUAAACAAUCAUAAGAACAAUUGUGGAUUCUUUCUCAAUGUAAAUUUUUAUUUAUAAGCUCAGCAGCCCAACUCCACCCCAGUGAUAUAAGUCCUGUCCAUCAGUUGUGGGCUACUAGUAUUGACAUUUGCACAGUAGUAUAAAUGCCUUAAGGAACGUGGGCACAGGAGUUUUAGGCUGAAACUCUUUGUCACAUGGCGAGGGUACAGAAAAGGACCCUCUGUUCCUCAAAAGAAACUUUGGGCAUUAUGAAGUCUAAAUCCUUUCAGGGUGUCCUUUGCAAUAGCUAUGUUGGCUUACUUGGGGCUUGCUUUGCAAUAAGCAAACAUUGCUAAUAACUCUGUUUCAACAUAGCAGUCUUUGAGAGUUGGGUGCAUUUCUCCCCAAACACGUCAAAAAUAAAUAAACAAACAAUCUAAGCUCUAGAAAAAGUAUUUGGAAAAAGUGAAUGAUUCUCUUGUUUCCUUGUCAACAAAUUUUCAAAAACUCUAAAGAUCAGACAUGGAAAUCAUAGCUGGAUAACACAGGUUGCGCUGGCCAAAGGUAGCUGUGAUAUAGAAAAACACAGGUUUUGCAGUAAAAAGACCUGAGUUCAAGUCUCAGUUCUGCUUUUUACUAGUCGUGUGAUUUUAGGUGUCUAAAUUUCUGAGCCCCGUCUCUUUCUUUGUAAAAUAGGGGUGGCAUUUAUUUGUUUCUCAAGGGUUACUGUUAAACGAAAUGAACUAAUAAAUGUGAAAAUUCUUUUAAAACUGCGAAUAUUAGUUGUUAAUGCUUAAUUAAUGGCUGUUAUAGACUGUUCUUUGAAGGUCC